AAUAAGCCCAAAUUAUUCCCAUCCAAAAUUCCUCUCCUAAAUCCCAACACUCAAAUCCCACCGUUGGAUCAAAUUCAAACAGACGCCAAAUACACUAAACACAACAAACCCCAACAAAUCGAUCACUCUGUAAUAAAAAAACAAAGAAAUCGCCAGAAGAACGACAAAAAUCUAUCUCCCAAACCCAAAACGAUGUCGUCCCGCAGCAACCCCGCGUCCCCGCCGCCGGCAGUCGACGGCACCCCUUUCCUCGGCGACCAGUCAUCCUUCCGCAGCCGCAGCCGCUUCUUACGCCGUCCCCCCAGCCUCCGCGGCGCCGCCCGCUUCCUCCGCCGCGCCAGCAGCCGCGGCCGCGCGAUGCGCGAGCCCUCCGUCCGCGUUCGCGAGGCCGCGGCGGAGCAAAUCGAGGAGCGGCAGAGCGAUUGGGCCUACUCCAAGCCCAUAGUGGUCCUCGACCUCAUCUGGAACCUCGCCUUCGUGGUCGUCUCGAUCUCCGUCCUGAUCGCGAGCCGCCGCGAGGCGCCGCAGAUGCCGCUGAGGCUGUGGAUCGUCGGGUACGCGCUCCAGUGCGUCCUCCACAUGGUGUGCGUGUGCGUGGAGUAUAGGAAGAGGCACUCGCUGCGGAAUUUGGAAGGUAGUGAGAGGGGGCAGCUGAGGUAUAGCCGGAAUAACUCGAAUUCGAGCACCGGAAGUGAUGAGAUGGAGACUGUGGGUUAUGGCACCGAGCGCCGGCAAAGCGAUGAUGAUGCUAGUGUUGCUAAACAUCUGGAGUCUGCAAAUACGAUGUUCUCAUUCAUUUGGUGGAUAAUAGGGUUCUAUUGGGUAUCUGCCGGUGGCCCAAAUUUGACUAGUGAAUCGCCUCAGCUCUACUGGUUGGUUUAUUUACACCUGUCAUCAUUCUGCAGGCUUUGCAUUACAUUUUUGGCAUUUGAUGUGUUCUUUGUCGUUAUAUGCGUUGUUGUGGCGUGUCUCAUUGGGCUUGCCGUUUGCUGCUGUUUACCAUGUAUCAUUGCAAUCUUAUAUGCCGUGGCAGAUCAGGAAGGAGCUACAAAGGAGGAUAUCGAGAGACUACCUAAAUUCAGAUUUCGCAAAAUUGGCGACUUUGAGAAGGAAAAUGGUGAAAUUCAAGAGUCGUUUGGAGGAAUAAUGACCGAAUGUGACACAGACUCUCCCGCAGAGCACGUGCUUCCUCUCGAGGAUGCUGAAUGUUGCAUCUGCCUUUGUGCCUAUGAUGAUGGAGCAGAACUGCGUGAGCUCCCGUGCCGCCACCACUUCCACUCGGCCUGCAUCGACAAGUGGCUCCACAUCAAUGCCACCUGUCCACUCUGCAAGUUCAACAUACUGAAAAAUGGAAACCAAACGGACAGCGAGGAAGUAUAAUUAAUUUUAUUGGGCAAAGAAGCAAACACUAUGCUCGUUUACUUUCUGAUGCUCGUUUACAAUCACAGCACGACAGCUGUACGCUCGCUCGUGUGCCUAUUGGUGGCCUUCUGAUUAUGUUUCCGUUUGUCGAGUGUACAUGGUUUCUUCAGUUAUGGGGAUUUUUUUUUUUUUUUCU